UGAAAAUGAUGUAAAAUUCAUUUUUAAAGUUUUAACGUUUAAUUCAUAACAUCUAAUUUGGCAUUUAUUUUGGGGGAAAAGCAAAUGCCCCAGUUUCUGUUUUGAUCGUUCAUUGUUUAGAAGUUUGCUUCAGUUAAUGUAAAAGCAAUGUUUUGAUUGAUAAUUUUACGAAAUUUGUUGUAAUCAUGAAAGGCAGUAUCAUCUUUAAUAAUUUGAGCGACUUAAUAUUUUUUGACGUCGAUGAAGAAUUAUCUGAUCAUUUACAGAAGUUAGCGUUAAAAGAUGGCCUUCUUGAGGUUCUACCAUUUAGAGCCAGUGAUGGAGCUGUCGAGAAAAACGUUGUGAUGCAACUCUUUUCUCCUCUUAUAGCAUCUUAUAAAGUAAUGCAAGCUCAGUUUGGUAAUAAAUAUAAAUAUAUUGAAUCUGAAGAUGGAGUACUGCUAGUUUUUGAUGAAGUUUUGAAUUACAUUGUGAUUAACAUAUGCUUGAAAGAAGAAAAUCUUGCAGAAACCCAAAAGAAGCUUUCAUUGUUUCUUACCUUUCUUGAGAUGCUGUACGGCCCUUGUGUAUACAUGAUUAAAAACGACAUUCCUUCUUGCUUGGUCAAAACUUCAAGAUCAUUCUUACUUUCAAAGGUUAUUUCUAAGUGGGAAAAUAUGAAGAAAGAACAGCAAAUGUUUUUAGUGGAGGUUUUGCUGUGGGAAAGAUUAAUAAUCAAUCAAGAUAUUACAGCAUCCUGCAUUAACUUGCUUCAAGAAAUUCUUGAAAGAACAAGACAAUCUCACAAAGGUGUAACUUAUAGCCAUGCAUUUGCUUUAGUAGAUACUAAACUUUUGGCUUUGUAUUCAAGUCGAAAUUCUGAACAGCUUCCAAAAGAAAACUUGUUACAGUUAAUACUUGUUGUUCAAGCAUUAAGAACUGCUAAUCCUGCUGAGCAAGUUGAUAGUGAUGAUGAGUUUUUUAUACCAAUAUCAUCAGCACUGUCAGAUCAAGAUGAGAUGCUGAAUGUAAAUAAAAGUUCAAUCAAGAAGAAAUCCAAGGUAUUUACUCAAAGCCUUCUUCUAUUCAUCAAAUCUCAGACUGGAUCACUUGUGCCCCACGUUUUGUAUGCAGUAGAAGUGACUCCUAUAAUUACCAUUGUUUUACUCUGUGAGCUGACCCCUCAUGUAAGAACUUCAAGUCUUAUUUCAACUCUCAUCGUGUCAUUUGAUAAUUUACAAUGUAGCCGUCAUCAGUCUUAUGAUUCAAAAACUUCUUUCCAAUCAUUAGAAAAAGAUGUAAAAUCUUUGAUUGAUGCCAUUUGGAAAUCAAAAGACGUGAAAGAAAAGGAAAAGCAAGUAAAGAAGAUAAUCAUAAGAUGGGAACAGUUGAAACAAUGUGAAUUAGAGCAAUUCAUUUACACUUCAAAAGACAAUUUUUUGAAUCCAAGGUUAGAUUCAGCUUUAUCUUCAAUGUGUGAGUUAUUGCAAAAUUUAUUUGAAGAAUUAGUUGCCAAUCAUUGUUUUGAUUAUGAAGCAAACACUUGGACUGCUGAAUAUCAAAACACUUUAAGUCUCAUUCAGAAAUUAAGUAUGAAGCGCAUGUCUGAUUUCUCUGAUUUCUUAGAAGUUAAAGCAGUGCAGAAUCUAACAAUCGCUUCAUAUAUCACUGAAUUCCCAGGUCUUCUUCAUUUCAUCUAUGUUGAUAGAAACUGUGAUUAUCUAAUUGCACCUGCAAUUUCUCCCAGGAAAAAGCACUUGAAUGAAAAGUAUUCAUUAAAGAAAAAGAUUUGGAAAAUGAUUGAGGUAGGCAGAAGAUAUUUAGAUGGAAUAAAUAAAUUUUGCUGCCUUUGGAAAGAUGAAGAUCUGUAUUAUUUUUAUACAAUUUGGUUUGAAAAUUCAACAGGAAAAAUAAUUAAACCUUUUGUAUACCCAGAUACGAAAAAAUUCCCACUCAAAGGGAUUUUAUGUGGUAACUUUUACAAAAGGCUGGUGAAAGAGUGCUUUCCAAAACUGGGAUAUGAGCAAAUACUUUGCUAUGAACUUUUCUGUGUUCACUUAGCUACAACUCCAGCUGAUGUUAUCAUUGAUCAUAGUCGCCGAUUGUGCUCACAGUUGUGGGACUUUACAGGAGCUUAUCAAGCUUCCUUAGAUUUGCUAUAGCAUAUAAUUUUAUUUUUAAAUGCAAAAAUCUUAUUUUAAAUAAGUAAUACUUAACUAAAAACCUUCAUUUUUUUAACAAAAUAUGCAGGUUAAUCUAGUCAAUUAAUACUACUUUGUAAACUAAGGACAGCUUUUAAAAUGUCAACUAAACAGUGUAUAUAUAACAAAAUUUUAAAAUGCAUUUUUAUGUACUUCUCUUUGCAUUUAUCCCAUAUUUGUAAAUAUAGUAGAACCUCGGUAUAACCACCCCCUAUGGGACCAACAUCAUAUAGUCGUUGUAACAAAUUGAAAAAAAAUUUCAAAAAAUGAGCAAGGAAAUGAUGCAACAGUACAUACCUAGAGAACACUUCUAGUAUUUAUUUGUUCCAUUACUGUAUUUUUGAAAAAGUCUUUGAUUGAUGUCUGUUUCAAGUUCAAUUGGGAAUUUUUCAUCAUUACUGAUUCCAUAUCGUUAGAAUUUGGAGGAAAUCUUCAGAAUUAAAUUGUCCUUCAAAAUAUAGACGCAAGGCAUUAAUUGCAUUGAAGGUUUCUUUUCCAUUCACUUCUUCAAAAGUGUGGACGAUUUCUUCUCCAUCGUCGGAAUCGCAGAUUUCUUCAUUUCUGGUAAUACGAGCAAUAAAAUCGUCCUCAUUCAAAUUUUCUUCGCAGCACUAUAAAUUU